AUGACAAAAUUUUUGGCAGCCUACCAAUUCGCGACGCUAGCAAGUGGCCCGGUGUCACGCAGCGACAACGUCAAGGCAUGCUCAGCAGGUAGUCACACAGAGAGCGCAAGCAGCACGACAGGAUGUGUGGCAUCUUGGCCGUCUUGAACAACUCGGAAGAAGUACCGGCAGCAGUAGAAAUCGCCGAGGGUCUGGGCUUACUACAGCACCGUGGCCAAGAUGCAUGCGGUGUCGUGUCCUGUCACCGAGGCAGAUUCCAUCAGAAUAAAGCCAAUGGCAUGGUCAGAGACGUCCUCGACACCAACGUCAUUGCUUCUAUGCCCGGCUACAUGGCAGUGGGACAUGUCAGAUAUCCUACCGCCGGCUCGUCUGCCCAUGCCGAGGCACAGCCUUUCUAUGUCAAUUCGCCCUACGGCAUCGUCUUUGCCCAUAACGGCAAUUUGAUCAACACAGAGUACAUGCGAACUUACCUCGACACCUACGGCCACAGGCACAUCAAUACAGACAGCGACUCCGAGCUCCUCCUCAACUAUCUCGCCGAUAAUCUGCAAAGGACUGGCAAAUUUCGCAUUGACGAGGACGACAUCUUCCGCGCGGUGGGUGAGAUGAUGCGUCAUUGCCACGGCGCGUUUGCUUGUGUUGCCAUGCUCGCCGGUUUCGGCAUCAUCGCCUUUCGUGAUCCGCAUGGUAUCCGACCCUGUGGCUAUGGCCGCCGGGCGAAUGCUCAGGGCGGUCAGGACUGGAUGAUGUCGAGCGAGAGCGUCGUUUGCGAUGCACUCGGCUUCUCGGACUGGCGCGAUGUACAGCCAGGCGAAGUCGUCGUCAUCACGCGCUCGUCCGUCAAGACGAAGCAAGUGGUUCCCUCCCGAGGCUUCGCGCCAGAUAUUUUCGAAUACGUCUACUUUGCCCGACCUGACUCCGUCCUAGACGGUAUAUCAGUCUAUCGAUCUCGUAUGGCCAUGGGAGAUGCGCUGGCAGCCGAAGCAAGAUCACAAUUGGCUGCUGCAAAUCUAGAGAUCGAUGUCGUGAUCCCCGUGCCGGAUACGUCUCGCGUUGCAGCUCUUCAAGUCGCUCAGUGUCUCGGCGUUCCUUACCGAGAGGGCUUCGUCAAGAACCGCUACGUCGGUCGCACUUUCAUCAUGCCCGGUCAGCAGAUGAGACGCAAGAAUGUAAGGCGUAAGCUCAACGCAAUGGCCCUGGAAUUCAAGGACAAGAACGUCUUGCUUGUGGACGACUCGAUCGUGAGAGGGACGACCUCGAAGGAGAUCAUCCAGAUGGCGCGCGAUGCGGGUGCACGCAAAGUCGUCAUGGCCUCUUGCGCGCCUCCCAUUCGAUUCCCGAAUGUGUAUGGUAUUGACAUGCCAUCACGCCAGGAGCUUGUUGCGCAUGGCAGGUCGGAGCACGAGAUCGCUACUGCUAUCGGGGCAGAUCUCGUCGUGUUUCAAACGCUGGAUGCGCUCGUUCAGUCUUGUCGGCAAUUCAACCCUGCGGUCGAAGCCUUUGACUGCUCGGUCUUCACGGGACAGUAUGUCACAGGCGGAGUCGAUGAGUCCUAUCUACGAGGUCUAGAAUCGAUCAGGAACGACAACGCAAAGGCAAAGAGCGGCCAUCUCGUCAAUGGGCAGACGGGUCAAGCUGCCUCGAGCGGUACGCUGGGCAACCAAGCUCAAGCGAGCAAUGGCUUCGGUUGCUCCGGUCCCAUGAACGGCUCAGAUGCAGUCGGCCUGUCGAACGAAUCGCUCCCUGCGCUGUCGACUGCGAACAAAGAGAUUGCACUUGGCAAUUCGUUUCAUUCGUCGAUGCGGGUCUCUGACGACCCCAUGGUCAACGGCAUCAGCGAGUCUCAAGACAUCGCGGGCGGCGCUGGCGCUGGCGGUGCAUGAGCGUCGAUCUGUAUUGCUAUGCAACUGUUCUGUGUUGAUUGCUCUACAAUGGGACUAUCACAACAUGAUGCGAGCUUAUACAUCUUCAUCUUCAUCG